AUGCCCGUCACGCUAUAUAACGGGAACUGUUCGGUGGACACUAUAGCGUUCUUGGACGAAGGGUCGUCUUACACGUUGGUGGAAAAGUCGCUGGUGCACGCACUGCACGCCAAGGGUGUGACGCAGCCACUUCGAGUAACCUGGACAGCAGGAGUGACGAGAAUAGAGAAGGACUCACAACGAGUGGAGUUGAACAUAUCGGCAAGAGGCUCAUCGCAGCGUUUCCGUAUUAUGGCUGCUCAUACAGUAGACAACCUGAAGCUACCGCAACAGACUGUCACGAUGUCCAACGUAAUCAAUGACCACUCUCAUUUGCGAGGAUUGCCGGUCGCAGAUAAUUAUCGAGGAGCGCCGCAAAUCCUCAUUGGACUGAAGGACAUUCACCUUUAUGCGCCUCUCGAAUCCAGGAUUGGCAAACCAGAUGAACCGAUUGCUGUGCGAUCAAAGCUUGGGUGGACAAUUUACGGUCCUUCCUCUGCAAGCGGAUCUGACUCUGGAGUAAUUGGACACCAUCACUGCGAAGCCGUUUCGAAUCAAGAGCUGCAUGAUCUACUGCGAAGUCAUUUCAAGCUAGAAGAGUCGGUGAUUUCCGUAGCACUGCUACCGGAAUCUGACGAAGACAAGCGAGCGAAGGAUAUCCUCAACAAAACGACUGUACGUGUUGGCGACCGUUUCGAGACGGGAAUGUUGUGGAAAGAGGAGCAAGUGCGAUUUCCCGACAGCUACCCGAUGGCGUUGAAGCGAUUUCGAGGAUUAGAGAGACGGCUAGCGAAAGAUGGUGAGCUGUACCUGAAGGUAAGAGAUUUAAUAAAAGACUAUACAUCGAAGGGCUAUAUCCACGUAGCAACGCAGCAAGAGUUGGAGGAGUUCGAACCUCAAGAAGUGUGCUACUUGCCGCUAAGCGUGGUAGUGCACCCGAAGAAGCCAGGAAAGGUUCGUUUAGUGUGGGACGCGUCGGCCGUGGUAAAUGGAGUGUCGUUUAACUCGAAGCUACUGAAGGGACCAGACAUGUUAACUCCGCUUCCAAACGUGUUAGCAAAAUUUCGAGAGCGAAUGGUAGGAUUCGGUGGCGACAUUAAAGAGAUGUAUCUUCAAGUGCGUGUAUGUAAGGCAGAUAAGCGAGCGCGGUUUGUUUUCCGAGAAAGUCCAUCGAAAGUAGUAAAGGUUUACGUUAUAGACGUAACGUUGUUCGGAGCAACCAGCUCCCCUUGUACAGCUCAAUUCGUUAAGAAUCGUAACGCGCAAGAGUAUGCGGUGCAAUUUCCAGAAGCAGCCAGAGCGAUAGUAGAGAACCACUACGUGGAUGACUAUUUUGAUAGUGUGGACACGGUUGAAGAAGCGGUGAAGCGGGCACAAGAAGUGAAGUAUGUUCAUGCAAAAGGCGGAUUCGAGAUCCGUAACUGGGUUUCGAACUCCGAGGAAUUCCUUCAAACUAUUGGCGAGCAAACAGACGAUCGGUGUAUUCAGAUUCUGGAAGAUAAAGAGUCGAACCUAGAGCGAGUGUUGGGAAUAGUGUGGAAUCCAGUAAGCGAUCAAUUUGCGUUUCUGGCCAAACUCCGGGAUGGUUUAACGCCGUAUAUGACAGGCCAACGGCGGCCGACUAAAAGAGUGGUGAUGAGCAGCGUCAUGAGCCUGUUUGAUCCACUGGGAAUGCUGGCACCCUUCGUGAUCCAUGGUAAGAUGUUGAUCCAAGACCUGUGGCGAAGUGGAAGUGAUUGGGAUCACCCGAUAGACGAUGAGAGCAACGAAAAAUGGCAUAGGUGGAUCAGGAGGCUGCCAGAGAUAGAAUACGUCAAAGUUUCUCGCUAUUAUUUUCAAAAAUCAAACCAGGUUUACUACAAUUCCUUGCAACUACACGUGUUCGUCGAUGCUAGCAAAGAUGCAUACGGUGCGGCGGCCUACUUUCGGAUUCUGACGAGCAACGGUCCUGUUUGCUGUUUGGUGAUGGCGAGGUCGAAAGUUGCCCCUUUGAAAAUGAUGUCAAUUCCGAGGCUAGAAUUGCAGGCUGCGGUUGUAGGUUCGCGCUUGCUGCAUACAGUAGUAGAGGCACAUUCUUUGGAAAUAAAGCAGAGGUUCAUCUGGUCGGACUCUAAAACGGUCAUUUCGUGGAUUCAGUCGGAACAGAGAAAAUAUAAACCUUUCGUGGCAUUCAGGAUCGGAGAGAUUUUAAGCCUCACGAAGCAUGACGAGUGGCAUUGGAUAUCAACGAAGAAUAAUAUUGCAGAUGACCUGACGAAAUGGAAGAGUAGCAGUUGUUUGGAUUCUAACGGGCCAUGGUUUUGUGGCCCAUGCUUCCUUUAUCAACCAGAAGAUUUGUGGUCUAGGCAAGAAUUGGUAGAACCAAAUACCACAGAGGAGAUCCGAGCUUGCCUGUUGAUGCACGAUUCUGCGAUAAUAGAGUCAGUCAUCGAUGUGUCGCGCAUUUCUCGGUGGAAAGUGCUGGUUAGAACAGUAGCGUGCGUCUACCGUUUUAAGUCCAAUUGCGAAAAGAAGCGAAAAGGUCUAGCAAUCGAAGCAGUUCCAGCACCGUCGAGGAUGCGACAAAUGGUGAAGAAACCUAUAUCAGCGAUAGUAGUACCACUGAAACGGGAAGAAUAUCAGAGAGCGGAGACGUAUUUAUGGCGAGCGGCUCAAGCGGACACAUACGCGGAAGAAGUGAAGACCUUGAAGAUGAAUCGUGAUUUUCCACACAGCAAAGUACAGGCGAUAGAGAAGUGCAGUAGUCUGUUUAACGACAGUCCAUUCAUGGAUGACAGGGACGUACUACGAAUGGAAGGCAGAGCAGCCCAAGGUUCAUUCCUGCCCUUCGAACUCAGGUUCCUGUGA